AUGCGAUUUUCACAAGACAAAAAAAACUACAGCCCUGCAGCUAAAAACAUAGGGAACAAUUUGAGGAUUUCACGUGACUACCACUGGUGGUGGCGUUCUUUCCUGACGAGUGGAUUCACGGCGGUGUAUUUCUUCAUCUACUGUAUCCACUACUAUGUGUCCAAGCUGGAACUGGUGGGAGCCGCCAGCACGCUGCUCUACAUUGGCUACAUGACAAUUGUCGUAUUCCUCUUCUUCAUGCUCACAGGAACAAUUGGAUUCUUUGCCUGUUUCUGGUUCGUGACAAAAAUCUACAGCGUGGUCAAGGUCGACUGAGAGGUCAAGGUCAUUGACAGGACAAGGUCACCUUCUGUUCGAGAUGACAUGUGCUCGUGCUAAUAGGCCUUGAAUCCCAACAGGGGUGUAUGGAUUCUGCAAUUACCCUUGCGGAAUAUGAAAUUAUGUAUUCUUUGAACAAAUGUAAGAGAAAGAAAAAUAAACAUUGUAUUUUUGGAACUCGUUCUGUGCAGGUUUUUGAAAUGUAUAGUAUCUUGCUUUGAUGUUUUAAACAAUUAAACAUUAAGGACUAUAUUAUAUAGCUUAUAUAUUGGUUGUACCAUGUGUAAGAGUAGAUAUAGUAAUUUAUUAAUAAUUUAUCGUUCAGGACUUUAUUCAAUAGUUUAUGUACUGGUUUUACCAUAUUAUUGAGUAGAUGUUGUAACUUAUUUAUAAUAUUUUUUAGUUUAGCCUUUGAAAGCAGGCAAGGUAAAUGAAAUGGGGGUGACCUGCAAUUGAAUCUCUGUUAAUGCUUUGAGUUUAUUUAUUUGAUAUUUUUGUGUUUGUUCGAAGAAUACAACUUUCUUACAAACUCUGUGGUUGAACUUGUACAAACGUAUGAUAAAUGUGCUGGUAUCAUUUCUCCAGAUAAUGGAAACACUCGCAGUCUUUGGUUAAAAGCAUUUCCAUAAGCACCUUUUCUGUCGCUCCGCUCCGCUUACCUAUAUUUUCAGUUAUUUGACGGGGGCCGGUUUCUAUAAAGAUCUUAAUCAAUCUUAAGUCAUAAAUUGAAAUUGCGUAGUGUCAUUUGUUAUUCAGUAUUAGAAAUGAGCACAAAAUGUGUACCUUAAGAAACAAAAAAAUUAACAUGUUGCCAUUUGCGACAUUUCGACAGACUUAAUAAUAGCAAAGUUAUGACAAAGAUCCUGUAAUGAAGCGGGCCCCAGUACAUGUAAUUCUGAUAUGGAUAUUAAGCGAAUAUGCAGUUGAAAAGUUUCAGAGCUACGUAAAUCAUUCAAUAUUUCAAGUAUAUCAUGUGUCGAAUAUUGUCUAGUUUUUUAGAAUUAUUUAUAUUGUCAAUCCAUAUCUAUAUUUUACAGAAUCCAUACGAAGAAGCUAUGGUUUAUUAUUGAAAAGUUAUGUUAUUAAAUGAUUAACAGCUGGAGAAAAAACUAAAAGUUAAGGAAUCUUAUUUUCAUUAAUUAGACAUUUAUUUUAUGGAAAUACUCUUGACUUAAGACUGCUUCUAUGUGAAAACGUUGUGAAAUUGUGUUUUGUGAGGUAUUUUGGUUACAGAAGAAAUGUGUUAAAAAGGCUGUGCUUUGAAACAGACAGCCCUUUCCAUUUCAGCUCUUGUUUUACAGUUACUCUUGAUUUAAGUUGCUUAAAGACCAGAACACAAAAUCCUUGAUUUGCAUUAAAUCUUAAAGUUGAAAAAAAAUAUCAUAGCUAAAUAUUUAAUGUUUACAUAUCAUCAAGUUUUUUUUGCAAGAUUAUUCACUUGUAUUAUAAGAAUAUCAUGCACAUGUAUUUCUUUUUUUAUUCCUUUGAUAUAAGUAACACGGUCUAUUUAAAUACAUUCUUAAUAAUAUUUGAAAACGCAAGUUUCAUAUACAUAUUAAGAAAGCUAUUAAAUUAUUGUAUGUAAAUAAUACUUAUAAAGAUUAGUUAGUACUAUCUGCAUUCUACAUACAUUAUGUAGUUGAUGGUUCCAUAGUUGAAUUCUUGCGAUUAUUCUGAUGCAGAUUUGUAUAAAUGGGUUGACACGAAAGCAUAAUGAGCAAUUGGAAGUACUCCCGCAUGAUGUUGGUCUUUGAGAUUCUGUGAUAACGUAGAUUGUGUGAAAGAAAUAGUAUUCUUUUAAAUGGCUGUUCUUUUUCAUCUACUUUGUCAUGAUAAUGAAAUACAUAUUUUUCAUUCCACUGUAUUUAAUUGUAUGUGCAUCGUGGUUUAUACAUUUUUUUUCAUUUGAAAUGUUCUGUUUUGUGUUUGACCAUUAUUCCACUGAGUGUGGUAUGAUCAUAGUUGUGUUUUUCUUCAUUCUGAUUGAAUUAUCAAACUAGAUAUUAAUCGCUUUUUGAUUGUUGAAUGAUUAUUAUUAUUACCAGUAAAAUCAGUCAACUGUUCCUAUAACAUAAUGGAUCAAGUUUAAUACGUAGCUGAUAUUGUUUUAGUGUUAAGCUGUGUCUUGGUAUUUAAAUGUUUUCUUAUUCUUAUACUCAAGAAAUAGCAUCAAAUUCAUACUUUCAGGUAGUAAUAAGAUGGAAUAUGAUUUGCACAAACCUUGAUUUAAACAUUGCAACACCAAAAAAAAAAAAUGGUACCAUCAUAUUGAAUAUCAUGAUCAUGGGAAUCCUUUUGUUAUUUUCUUUAAGAUUUAUUGUUUGUUUGUUAAGCGAUUGUAUUAUAGUUUUAGAUAUGUUUGGUUUCUAUUAUUGAACCAUUUAUGGCUCAAUGUGGGCUUAUGCGAUAUUUAAGAAAUAAAAAUAACUUGAAUAUA